CAUUCAUGAGUGAAGGGAGGAGUGUUUGCGGCUCAUUAUUAUUACACACGGAUGUGCAGAACAGUCCGUGGCUAAUAUCCGAAAACAAGUCCCGAAAAACGAGCCGAGGAUAAGCGAGUCUGAAGAUUUGUGUCCGAAGAUUUGUUUUAUGACACCAGGAAUUUGUUGAGCCGAAGCCGGGAUUUCUCCUCAGAAAGCACAGUUCAGUCCUUAAGGAUGGCUUCUCGUAAGAAGGUGCUGCUGAAGGUGAUCAUUCUGGGGGAUUCUGGUGUUGGGAAAACCUCUCUGAUGAACCAGUAUGUCAACAAGAAGUUCAGCAAUCAGUAUAAAGCCACCAUCGGCGCAGACUUUCUAACCAAGGAGGUGAUGGUGGACGACAGACUGGUGACGAUGCAGAUCUGGGAUACAGCAGGACAGGAGCGUUUCCAGUCUCUGGGGGUGGCGUUUUACCGUGGUGCUGACUGCUGUGUUCUGGUGUACGACGUGACCGCGCCAAACACCUUCAAGACUCUGGACAGCUGGAGGGACGAGUUCCUAAUUCAGGCCAGUCCUCGAGACCCGGAGAACUUCCCUUUCGUGGUGCUCGGAAACAAGAUCGACUUGGAGAACAGACAGGUGACGACGAAACGAGCCCAGGCGUGGUGUCAGAGCAAAAGCAAUAUCCCGUACUUUGAGACCAGCGCAAAGGAGGCCAUCAAUGUGGACCAAGCUUUCCAAACCAUCGCCCGCAACGCCCUCAAACAGGAGUCUGAGGUGGAGACGUACGAUUUCCCUGACCAGAUCAAACUGCGAGACGACAGACCCGUGUCCUCCGGUGACGGCUGCAGCUGCUGAGACACUGACACACACGCGCACACACACACACACACAUAUACACACACACACAUAGACAUCCAGCAUCCAGAAGAAAACACUCUUUUCCAAAACUUGUAUGUAAAGAACUGUUAGCAAGAAACUCCCUGCCGCAGCAUCAGUUUUAACAGAACUACCUUUAUUAUUUCUACGAGAAAGAGAUAGCUAUUCUAUUAUUUACAAGUGAUUAUGUUUUUGCUUCAUUCAUGCACAUUAUAUAGUGUCUCCUGCUUAUGUCUGUCCGUGCCUUUUACUUCUCAUUUUUUUAUUUUUUAGGAUGUAAAUGCAGUCACACUUCCUUGUAAUUCCUUUUAUUUGCCAAAUCCCUUCACAUGUUAAACCGCGGACGCUUGUUUCAACAGGGAGACUUUAAAAAGGUAUGACUUUUUCUUUUUUUUUUUUUUGUCUUGCUUGACUUUUAUCUCAGAAUUCUGGGGUUAAAUUUCAAAUUAAAAGUUCUGUAGGAAUUAUCAGAUUUUCUGACGUGCUAAACAGCCAAUAAACUGAUAUAAUAGCUGGAAAAUAAUGCAAAUUUCAAGUAACUUUUCAGACAAACUCUGAAUUCUGACAUGAAUUUAAAGAAAAAUCUGAAUUUGAAGUUACAUUUCGUGUUAAGAUUCUGCAGUUUUUCCCUAUAAUUCCUCUAAAUAUUAAAUUAAACUUGCGUUUGAGGGGGAAAUAGCAGCAGUUCCCAACACAGAAUAAAAAUGUAAACAUUGCAAGAUAUAAAGCAGGUUACAAUGCAAAACAGCCUAUAAAUUAGCAAAAUUACACUGAAGUUCAUAUUUUAUAGCGCUGCAAACAUCUCAGAAUUGUGAGAUAUCAACAAAAAUAAUAAUAAUAAUUUCAAAGCAAUUUGUUAAAUUGCAAGUAACAAAUUUUUCCCUCAUAAUUUCUCACAAAACUUGCAAUAAAAGUGAAGGAAAAUCUGUUUCUGAUGCAGAAAAAUGACUUUAAAAUGAUAUUUUCAAGUGACAAAAAUGGCCAAAAUAUAAAAGAACUGCAAAUAUAAUCUAAAAACCAAGCAAAAAUCUAAAUAUUAAAUUAAACUUGCGUUUGAGGGGGGGAAAGCAGCAGUUCCCAACACAGAAUAAAAAUGUAAACAUUGCAAGAUAUAAAGCAGGUCACAAUGCACAACAGCCUAUAAACUUGCAAAGUUACACUGAAGUUGAAUUUUAUAGCGCUGCAGACACCUCAGAAUUGUUAGAUAUCAACAAAAAUAAUAAUAAUAAUUAAAUACAUUUAUAAAUUCCAAGUUACAUCAUAAUUUUCCAUCAUAAUUUCUCACAAAACUUGCAAUAGAAAUGAAGGAAAAUCUGUUUCUGAUGCAGUAAAGUGUAUUUAAAAUAUUUUCAAGUCACAAAAAUAACCAAAAUAUUAAAGAACUGCAAAUAUAAUCUAAAAACCAAGCAAAAAUCUGGAUUUGAAGUCACAUUUCAAGUUGAGAUCCUGCAGUUUUUCCCUAUAAUUCAUCUAAAUAUUACAUUAAACUUGCAUUUGUGAGGGGAAAAAGCAACAGCUUUCAAGUCUCAAACAUUGCAAAAUAUAAAGCAGGUCACAAUGCAAAACAGCCUAUAAACUUUCAAGAUUACACUCAAGUUGAAGUUUUAUAGUGCUGCAAACACCUCAGAAUUGUGAGAUAUCAACAAAAAUAAGUCAUUUUAAAGCAAUUUGUUAAAUUGCAAGUAACAUCAAAUUUUUUCCCUCAUAAUUUCUCACAAAACUUGCAAUAAAAGUGAAGGAAAAACUGUUUCUGAUGCAGAAAAAUGACUUUAAAAUGAUAUUUUCAAGUGACAAAAAUGGCCAAAAUAUUAAAGAACUGCAAAUAUAAUCUAAAAACCAAGCAAAAAUCUGAAUUUGAAGUCACAUUUCAAGUUGAGAUCCUGCAGUUUUUCCCUAUAAUUCCUUUAAAUAUUAAAUUAAACUUGCGUUUGAGGGGGGAAAAGCAGCAGUUCCCAACACAGAAUAAAAAUGUAAACAUUGCAAGAUUUAAAGCAGGUCACAAUGCAAAACAGCCUAUAAACAUGCAAAGUUACACUGAAGUUGAAUUUUAUAGCGCUGCAGACACCUCAGAAUUGUGAGAUAUCAACAAAAAUAAUAAUAAUAAUUUCAAAGUAGUUUGUUAAAUUGCAAGGAACAUAAAAUUUUUUCCCUCAUAAUUUCUCACAAAACUUUCUGAUGCAGAAAAAGGACUUUAAAAUGAUAUUUUCAAGUGACAAAAAAUGGCCAAAAUAUAAAAGAACUGCAAAUAUAAUCUAAAAACCAAGCAAAAAUCUGGAUUUGAAGUCACAUUUCAAGUUGAGAUCCUGCAGUUUUUCCCUAUAAUUCCUCUAAAUAUUAAAUUAAACUUGCAUUUGAGGGGGGAAAGCAGCAGUUCCCAACACAGAAUAAAAAUGUAAACAUUGCAAAAUAUAAAGCAGGUCACAAUGCAAAACAGCCUAUAAAUUAGCAAAAUUACACUGAAGUUGAAUUUUAUAGCGCUGCAGACAAACUCACGAUUGUGAGAUAUCAACAAAAAUAAUAAUAAUUUAAAAAAAUAUAGAAAUUGCAAGUUACAUCAUAAUUUUCCAUCAUAAUUUCUCACAAAACUUACAAUAGAAAUGAAGAAAAAACUGUUUCUGAUGCAGUAAAGUGUAUUUAAAAUAUUUUCAAGUCACACAAAUAACCAAAAUAUUAAAGAACUGCAAAUAUAAUCUAAAAACCAAGCAAAAAUCUGCAUUUGAAGUCACAUUUCAAGUUAUGAUCCAGCAGUUUUUACCCUAUAAUUGCUCUAAAUAUUACAUUAAACUUGCAUUUGUGAGGGGAAAAAGCAACAGCUUUCAAGUCUCAAACAUGGCAAGAUUUAAAGCAGGUCACAAUGCACAACAGCCUAUAAAUUAGCAAAAUUACACUCAAGUUCAAGUUUUAUAGCGCUGCAGACAAUCUCAGAAUUGUGAGAUAUCAACAAAAAUAAGUCAUUUCAAAGCAAUUUGUUAAAUUGCAAGUAACAUCAAAUUUUUUCCCUCAUAAUUUCUCACAAAACUUGCAAUAAAAGUGAAAGAAAAACUGUUUCUGAUGCAGAAAAAUGACUUUAAAAUGAUAUUUUCAAGUGACAAAAAUGGCCAAAAUAUUAAAGAACUGCAAAUAUAAUCUAAAAACCAAGAAGUCACAUUUCAAGUUAUGAUCCUGCAUUUUUUUACCCUAGAAUUGCUCUAAAUAUUACAUUAAAUUUGCAUUUGUGAGGGGAAAAGCAGCAGCUUUCAAGUCUCAAAUAUGGCAAAAUAUAAAGCAGGUCACAAUGCAAAACAGCCUAUAAACUUCCAUAAUUACACUAAAGUUGAAGUUUUAUAGUGCUGCAAACACCUCAGAAUUGUGAGAUAUCAACAAAAAUAAUAAUUAAAAAAAUGCAAGUUACAUCAUAUUUUUUCCUUAUGUCUGACAAACGUGCAAUAGAAAUGAAGGAAAAACUGUUUCUGAUGCAGUAAAAUGUAUUUAAAAUAUUAUCAAGUCACAAAAAUAAUCUAAAUAUUAAAGAACUUCAAAUAUUAUUUAAAAACCAAGCAAAAAUCUGAAUGGUGAUAUUAAAAAAGUCACAAUUACCUUUUUUUUUAUUGAAUCUCACAGCAGAAACAGGCUUCCAUGUUAACCUUAAUCAAUUCUUUAACUAUAAAACUUUACACACACACACACACACAGUACAAGCAGUCUACAUUACCAAAUUUAACGCAUAAUUGAAGUUUAGAAACUCCAGCAAGAAAAAGUGAGCGAUUGUGCCUGAGAACGAACACACACACACACACACACACACACACACACACACACAGACAUCAGUGCAGAGGGCCGCGUCGCUGUCAAAUGAAGGUUUUUGGGGGCAUGAAAUAUCCAGUGCAAUCAUUUUAACCAUGCAGCAGGUUUUCUUGAUAGCGUCUCGCUGGUUAUAAUGUAUGAAUGUAACAUUGAUUAAUUUCCAUCUCCACAGCUUAUGUUUCUAACCAAAUUAUGAUGCAGUUUAUGGAUGUGAAGGAGAAAAACAAACAGAGAGCGAGUCCUGACAACCGUUUGAUUUCUUUUUAACAUCUUUAUUUCCAUCCUCCAGUAUUGUAGAUGAUUUCGAUCAGAGAAUCGUAGUGACGUCUGCCAAUAGAAACCAAUAAACACAUCUGUCCCUCUUUUAUAAAACAAUGACCUUUCCUAGAACGCUGUUCGAUCAUCUCUCUGUAUUGUUUCUUCAACAAUGCUCAUAAAUAAAUCUUUAUUCAAAUGACAA